AUGUUCCAGCCCGCAGAGCCCGGCCAGGAGUGGGCCAUGGAGGGGCCCCGGGACGCGCUCAAGAAGGAGCGGCUACUGGAUGACCGCCACGACAGCGGCCUGGACUCCAUGAAGGACGAGGAGUACGAGCAGAUGGUGAAGGAGCUGCGCGAGAUCCGCCUCGAGCCGCAGGAGGCGCCCCGCGGCGCCGAGCCCUGGAAGCAGCAGCUCACCGAGGACGGAGACUCGUUCCUGCACUUGGCCAUCAUCCAUGAAGAGAAGGCACUGACCAUGGAAGUGGUCCGCCAAGUGAAGGGAGAUCUGGCUUUUCUUAACUUCCAGAACAACCUGCAGCAGACUCCACUCCACUUGGCGGUGAUCACCAACCAGCCAGAAAUCGCUGAGGCACUUCUGGAAGCUGGCUGUGAUCCUGAGCUCCGAGACUUUCGAGGAAAUACCCCUCUACACCUUGCCUGUGAGCAGGGCUGCCUGGCCAGUGUGGGAGUCCUGACUCAGCCCCGCGGGACCCAGCACCUCCACUCCAUUCUGCAGGCCACCAACUACAAUGGCCACACAUGUCUGCACUUAGCCUCGAUCCAUGGCUACCUGGGCAUUGUGGAGCUGUUGGUGUCUUUGGGUGCUGAUGUCAACGCUCAGGAGCCCUGCAAUGGCCGAACCGCCCUGCAUCUUGCGGUGGACCUGCAGAAUCCCGACCUGGUGUCGCUCUUGUUGAAGUGUGGGGCUGAUGUCAACAGAGUCACCUACCAGGGCUACUCCCCGUACCAGCUCACCUGGGGCCGCCCAAGCACUCGGAUACAGCAGCAGCUGGGCCAGCUGACCCUAGAAAACCUCCAGAUGCUUCCAGAGAGCGAGGAUGAGGAGAGCUAUGACACGGAGUCAGAGUUCACAGAGGAUGAGCUGCCCUAUGACGACUGCGUGCUUGGAGGCCAGCGCCUGACGUUAUGA